CUCAUGUUUCUGUAUGAUACUGUUUUCACACUCAGGAUGAAAAUAAGAUGAAACAGAAAACAUUUCAAAUUGCAAUGAUCUGUCAAUUCUGUUGGCAACUGCCACCUACUGAAUACCGGUGCAAAAACACGACCAAAUGCAAGACGGUGCAGUGCCCACGCAAACAUUUUAUUUUCAACUGCACAGCUCUGGAGCACGUGCAUUGUCUUGGAAAUCGUACAUUUCAAAAGAAGAUGUAUUGCAAUUGGACAGGAGGUUACAAGUGGUCAACUGCAUUAGCUCUGAGCAUCACAUUGGGAGGGUUUGGAGCUGACCGCUUCUAUUUGGGCCAAUGGAAAGAAGGUCUUGGCAAACUCUUCAGCUUCGGAGGGCUUGGAAUAUGGACCUUGAUAGAUGUUCUGCUGAUUGGGAUUGGGUAUGUUGGACCUGCAGAUGGCUCUCUCUACAUCUGAACUAUCCAAGAAGCUUCAUUCUAUGAUGGCCCUGAAUUAAUAAGUGACAGCACCAUGUUGAAUUAUGGAACACUAGUUGCUGAUAAGUCGGAAAAUCUGCUGCUGUUGUGUACAAUAUUUGUACAGGAUCAUUUUUGCCUGCCUUUGCUAAGGCGAGGAUUUGCAGACAAUUCAACAAGAAUGCAGUCUGUUGCUUUUGCAGGCUAACAGUGGCUAUAAUGAUGAUCAUUGAAAUGAUUAAUGAAGGAAUCCUUUAGAA